GAGCCUUGAAAUGGUACAGGAAGAAGGAAUGGAAUCAGAAGGAAGAAAGUUCAUUUCAGAGACAAAAUAACUCUCCUCCUCUGUUAUAGCUGUUCCCCUGGCAAUACAAACUAUCUGCUUUCAGGUUCUGCAGCAUUCCAGACCUCCAGCACUGAAUCAGGAUGGGAAAAAGACGUUGUGUUCCUCCACUUGAGCCCAAGUUGGCAGCAGGCUGUUGUGGGGUCAAGAAGCCCAAGUUAUCUGGAAGUGGAACGCACAGUCACGGGAACCAGUCCACAACUGUCCCCAGCUCUAGUUCAGGACCUCUUCAAAACCACCAGCAUGUGGAUGGCAGCAGUGGUCGGGAGAAUGUGUCGGACUUAACUCUGGGACCUGGAAAUUCUCCCAUUACACGAAUGAAUCCCGCAUCGGGAGCGCUGAGCCCUCUUCCCCGGCCCAAUGGAACUGCCAACACCACCAAGAAUCUGGUGGUGACUGCAGAGAUGUGCUGCUACUGCUUUGACGUCCUCUACUGUCACCUCUAUGGCUUCCCACAGCCACGACUUCCUAGAUUCACCAAUGACCCCUAUCCGCUCUUUGUGACAUGGAAGACAGGGCGGGACAAGCGGCUUCGUGGCUGCAUUGGGACCUUCUCAGCCAUGAAUCUUCAUUCAGGACUCAGGGAAUACACGUUAACCAGUGCACUUAAGGACAGCCGAUUCCCCCCCCUGACCCGAGAGGAGCUGCCUAAACUUUUCUGCUCUGUCUCCCUCCUUACUAACUUUGAGGAUGCCAGUGAUUACCUGGACUGGGAGGUAGGGGUCCAUGGGAUUCGAAUUGAAUUCAUCAAUGAGAAAGGUGUCAAACGUACAGCCACAUAUUUACCUGAGGUUGCGAAGGAACAAGACUGGGAUCAGAUCCAGACAAUAGACUCCUUGCUCAGGAAAGGUGGCUUUAAGGCUCCAAUUACCAGUGAAUUCAGAAAAACGAUCAAACUUACCAGGUACAGAAGUGAGAAGGUGACAAUCAGUUAUGCAGAGUAUAUUGCUUCUCGACAGCACUGUUUCCAGAAUGGCACUCUUCAUGCCCCGCCCCUCUACAAUCAUUACUCCUGACACACGGCUGCAUGACCAGUCCCACCCCCCUGUGGCCACCAAUGGCUAUGACAUCAUUGGAGCAGAUGCCUCCUCUUCCUGGUCCAGUUACUUCUAUUACUGCACCAUUUUAUGAUGCUAGCUUCCGUUGCCAAGUCUGCUCAGCUGACUGAGGGGGGGGCGGGGUUAUACUGAAUGAAACAGAACUUGAGGGGCCCAAGCCUUAUCUCAGCCUUUCCUCAAUAUGGGGUUCCGUUGGAUUGGGGCUCCUCCAUGACUAGUGAGAAUUACCGUGUGGGUUCAGAAGACCCUUGGCAUGCAGGUGCCACUGCUGAUUUGCCGCCUCUGUGUUGGCCACACAGUGGAAGCCGGAAUUGGUGGUCCAUGAAUGCUUACCCCACACACACCCCUACAGCCUCCCCAGAUCAAGUAGGUGUAUUCCCCUGGCAGUCUGGGCAACGGAGACCAACAAGAAACAUUUUUAGGUUGUUUUAAAUUCCUUUUUUAAACUUCCAGUUUAUUGCAUACCAAGAGUUGAUCACAACCUCCAUGCUUCAUAAGUGGACGCCAUGUUAGGGUUGAACGUGGGCACCACGAGUCCUCCGAGGCUCCUGGACAGAGACCCACACCAAGAUCGGAAGCCCUUUGGAUGGCGUUGCAGAUCUCAUUGCUCAAUUAGCCUCGAAGGUUUUAAUUCUCAUCCCACUCUCAGUUGGAUUUUCUGGCACUCUUCCUGCAUUGCGUCUCCUGGUAUUGAACAGAGCUCUGUGGUGUAGCCUGCUGAGGACUGGACUGGGAUGCCCAUGGGAGGUCCCGAAAUCAUCGCUGCAUGCAGUGAGAAAGGAGAGACCUCUUCCUUACCACCCGGCUACCUCACUCCUCUACUGGUAGCAGUGCCUAUAGCUGGAUCUAGGUUCUCAGAAGGCAUAGGUGUUCCAACAAGCACUUGGGUUGGGCUUUAGAAGGACACGUUGUCAUAGGAAAGAAUCCAGGGCCUCCAAGCUGUUUUUGUUUUCAGGCAGACAUCCUGAGGGAUCUUUAAGCAGAGGAGUUCCUUUGUCUAGUUUGCCUGGAGAAGUGGGAAGACUGUUGCUCUUUCAGUCCUUUCCAGGACUUUAGAACAAAGCUGUGUAAUUAAACAAGAUGAAUCUUUAUCUUGCCUAACAUGCUGGGAAUCUUCACCCCACUGUGGCAAAGUUCCAAAUAGCUCAUUUUAUUCUAGGUCAUUCAGACUUUCAUGUGGCAUAGUUCCCUUCUCCAUUGUUGCUGAUUCCAAAUAGCUGUCAGCAAGUUUUUCCUCCCUCUUGCCUGUUCUUCCUUCAUUUGGUGGCAGAGUUCUUAGAAGCUGGGGACUUGGAAGAUGCUUUGGAAACAUUGUCACAGAGGCACUGCUGAAAGGAUUCACAGGAAGAGGUGGCCAGUUGGAAGAAAGGACCCAGAGGGUGAUACACUGGUUUUCAACAACAUGCUUAGAGAACUCUUGAAGUGGAUUGGGUGUCAAUCCGGUGAACACCAUUGUUUUGAUUUAAUUUAUUUUUUGAAGUUUAUGUGGUGAUGGUGUGGCUUUCCAAAACGGGCAAAUAUCCAAAUCAGAAGAAAUGUUGAGUUUUCUUCUGCCAGGAAUGGGGGAGGGGGAGCAGGGACAUAAUCCAAGAAACGACACACAUGCCAUUCUAGGCAUUGCUGUCUCAUUUCUUGGAAGAAAUGGAUGAGAGGGAGCAGAUUUGCUUGGCACCGUCCUCUGCUGUUCAUGAGGACACGAAAUGUGCAAGGGAAGUGGGCUGACCUCAGGAUGCCCAGGCCAAGGCCGCACCACCCUAUCUUAACCAUUGUGCUGCGUUCUCACAUCCUGCCACUUUUCCCUUGCAAGGUUAAUGAAAAAAAGCUUUUGAAGAUGAAGGGAUUGUUUCGUGAUUUCCUGCUGCUGAGAAUAAUAAAUGUCUUGUUAACAAACAAAUGUGACGAUAGUUACUCUUAGGUGCCAUGGAUUGAUGUCAGGGUGGUCAGCUCUGGACUAAACCACCCACCUCCAAUUUGUACAACAGUAUUGAUACAUAGGGCUACACUCAUUACUGUUCAAGUGUUCUGUGUUAAAAGUUGUGUUUAAUUUCUAAAGAUUAAAAAAAGCAAAAAAAUUGGUGCUAAACUUUCA